AAGUUAUCUCGGCCUGACUCUGUUCCAGCACUUCCCCAAGAAUAUAUUAACCCAACCGAAACACAAAACAAGGUGGAAUUUUGUUCAGACCUUGAGGCACCAGCAAUGGCCGGAGGAGACGAGCUGAAGCUGCUGGGCAUGUGGGCGAGCCCGUUCGUCCUGCGGGUGAAGCUCGCGCUCAGCAUCAAGGGCCUGAGCUACGAGUAUGUAGAGGAGGACAUCUUCGGCGGCAAGAGCGAGCUGCUCCUCAAGUCCAACCCUGUGCACAACAAGGUACCCGUGCUCAUCCACAACGGGAAGCCCGUCUGUGAAUCGCUGAUCAUCCUGCAAUACAUCGACGAGGCCUUUGCCGGCACCGGCCCGACCCUCCUCCCUGCUGACCCCUACGAACGCGCCGUUGCUCGCUUCUGGGCCGCCUACAUCGAUGACAAGGUGCUGGCCGCUUGGAUGCAGGCGUCCAGGGGCAAGACGGAGGAGGACAAGGCUGAGGGGAGAAAGCAGUGGUUCGUCGCGGUUGAGACGCUAGAGGGAGCGCUGAGGGACUGCGGCAAAGGGAAGCCCUUCUUCGGCGGCGACAGCGUCGGGUUCGUGGACGUCGUGCUCGGCGGACUACUUGGGUGGGUGCAGGCAAACGAGGAGGCGUUCGGCAUCGAGUCCUUGGAUCCGCAACGGACUCCGCUCCUGGUGGCGUGGUCGGAGCGCUUCGGCGCACUGGAAACCGUGGAGCCUGUGAUGCCCGAGGUGAGCAGGCUGGUCGAGUUGGGCAAGAUGGUGCUGGCCCGUGGCCGUGAAGCGGCGGCUGUGGCAGCUGGUGCAAGCAACUGAAAGUUAUUGUUCUAUCGAACUAGAUUUCCCAUGUGUUUCAGCCUUUCAGGCGUUCAGCUAGUGUUGAAGAAGAAAAUAAUGCAACACACACAGCUAUGCCACGUGUUGCCAUUAGUCAGUUUGUGCGGAGGAAGUUUGCAAUUCGGAUUUUGUCUUGACCUGUAACUUCAGAUGUAUCCGUUUGGUUCU